GUCAGUGCGUAAGCAUCAGUCUCGUCCUAAACGGUUGUUUUCGAAUCUCCCCGUACCGUAAAACAAGCCUUGCUCCCACGCUAUUAGCGGGAAAGAGAACUCCAGCACCGCAGCUCCGGAAGACUAGUUUUUAGACGCGGUCCCUCAGCAGCAAAUAGCACUGAGCGUCAUUCAUCAACCGCGCAGAGUGGUGACACCCCGCCAGAGCAAGACAACUACACAACCAGAAACGCGCAUCGUUCCGCGUGCAUCGAACAUACGAGCUCCUUGACAGUAAGCGCCAGUGAAACCUAUCAGAAGUAGGCCAGCAACGCCUCCGGUCGGAAGUAAAGUUGAACCCGUCGUGUUUAGUCCAGCAAGCAAACCCAAAGAAAUUAAAAUGAGUUCUGCGGACAAAAAUAGUGAAGUCGAGGUGGAGAACGUCGCCGCAGCGGAGGAGAAAGCAGAAACCAAGGAGGUGAAAGGAGUCAAGCGGCCCGCCGAUGAGAAAACCGCCGAAACGAAAAAAGUUAAGAAGGACGAAAAUGGUGCUGGCGAAGAAGAAGAAGUGGAGGAUGAAGGAGAGGAACUAGAGGGUGAGGAUGAGGAUUAUGACCUUCCAUACGGCGAUGAGGAGGACGAUAUUGAAGCGGAAGAUGAGGAAGAGGAAGAGGGUGAUGAAGUCGAAGGCGAGGAAGACGACGACGACGCGUAAUGAAUGAAAGUGCAUAUGUGAGAGUGAGACUAACAAAAAACAAAAACAAAAUAACUCUAGUAAUAGGUGAUUUAUUAUUUUGAAUUUGCGUUAGUGAAGCUGCAAGGAAGUAUAUGCAUCGAUGAAAACAAUUGUAAAGUUUGUUUGUGUAUAUAUUUUAUAAAAAAUGAGGAAAAACCAACAAAAAACGCGAACACACAGGACGACAGUGACCGAUCUAUAGAAAAGAGUAGGAGAACAAGCAGCGAUUGAAGUAUAGCCGAAAGUUGCAAAUCGUAAAGUAAAUAAGAAAUAUGCAAAACACUCUCCCGCUCCAUCAAUUUGAUUUACACGAAAGGAAAAAUCCACACAGCCAGCAGCUAUACAAACCAAUAGAAAAAAGGGCACGUUUUCGAGAUGCAUUAUUGAGUUAAAUUACACCCGCGAGGACAUCUUCUGGAUUUGAAGUGCCACUAUCUCCCAGCACCAUUGCUGCUCCCUUAAUCACUAGCAAGCUAGACACACUACACGGUGAUGUUGGAAAGAGAAUCUGGGGUGGCGGGAGCAUUUCUGUACUGUCGCGGGGAGCGAAGAGUACGAGAGAGCGUUACUCACAACAGCCAAAGCACACGGACCCGACGCUCACAGAGAGAUGCCUCGUGUGUCCAGCAAUGGUGGUGAUAGAAAUGGCGAAGCGUACAAGAUACAGCAUCUUAAGAUUUUCACAGCUCGCAGUACAGUAACAAGUUAAUGCAGCCCGUGUAACUCACAAGUCGCGCAGGUCACAUGCACACCCAACUGAGAAAAGGUAACCCUCCCCCCAUUAUAAUUCAUCCUCUCAGGACACUAUUUCUGAGGAAUGUCAGGUUGACAAUUUUUGGGGAAGGAGCUCUUGUUGUGUGCGAUGAAUUAACAGCAGCAGCGAAAGUAAAAGGAAGUAUGCAGAGAGAAGGAGAGAAAGAGAGAAACAAGAAUAUACAAUUAGUCAUUAAAGAAAUGGGUCAGAAAAAUACAUUUAACAUUGCAUAGGAGAUAUUGCAAACACACUGCUACACCACGCCGUUGUUGGUGAAAGUGGAAAAGAUGUACAGUGGUCAGACAGAACAUAAAUAACAGCAUUAUUAAUAUGGUGAGAAGAUAUCCAUACACAGUCAAGCGAGAAAACUAAAGUACAGUUAGUGACACUUGUGAUGGAUCUCAACUCAACUUAGAUUUGUGUACCAGACAAAUAAAUGAAGGGAGUCAGGCCGGCAUCAGGUGCAGUACACACCCACCAGGUGCUAGCUAGCCGAAACACCCCUCACACACGUGUCUACCCGGCAACGCACGCAUCCUAGGACAAGAUACUGUGACUUCUUUACUAUCACUACUCCUACUACUGAACAGAACCGAAGAAAAUAAUAUUGAAAGGACGUAGAACAGAAAAAAACUGAACUGACGAAAGACAGACUUGAGUAACAAGACGGUGGAGAGCAAGGUAAAUGGACGUUACAAUUGCAAAUAGAGCAAAAGGAAUAGAGGAAAGAUAGUAGCAUGGGAAAAUCGUGUAAACACAUUAUAACGGAAUCUGAGAAUCGCAUUAAUGAACAGUUAAACCGAAGAAACAUUCGGAAGUAGGAAGUCACAACCACAACCUAGUAGCAGCAGUAGUAUGUUCUUACAUGUUUUUGUUUUAAAAUAUUUUAGAUUUUUUUUUCGAAAUGAUAGAUCAAAAAUGAAAGAGUAUAUCCUUCUUUUUAAACACACCGACAAGAGUAAAAUUACUAGAUCACAUCAUAA